AUGCCAUAAUAAUCAGGAAAGAAAUAAUUGUCUGCAAAGAAGAGGCCAAUGUUCUAGGACUCAGAUUCAGGAUCAGAGGAGAUAGAAUAAGAUAUGAAUCUAUAGCAAAAAUUUAAAGCUAAUGAAGUUAUUUCUGAAUCUGAAGAUCAGGCUGAAGAAAGUGAUGAUUUGAUUGAGGAAUAUUAGAAAAUGCUGAAUAAUCAGAGUUAGAGUGAUGAUUAGGAAGAUGAUGAAGAUAUAGGGAAUGAUGAUAGUGAUGAUGAAGAUAUGGAAUUAGAAGAUGAUGACUAGGAUGACGAAAGUGGAGAUGAAGUAAUUCAUUAGAAUGGCAGUCAAAUAGAUCCAAAGCUGCUUAAGUAAAUUAUCGAGAAAGACUAACCUGAGCUUAAUAAAAUACUAGAGGAAUAUAUCUAAAAUGUUGAUAACCUUAAUAACAAAUUAAAGCCUAUGAUGCAAAGAGUAUUUGAUAAGAAUAGUGGAAUUGAGACAAAGCAUGGAAUGACUUAUCUAGAAAUGAAAUAUAACCUUCUUAGCUCUUAUUGUCAGUUCCUAUAAUUUUACAUGCUAUUAAAGCUUGAAGGGCAUCCAAAUAUUAAUAAGCAUCCUGUAAUUAAGAGGUUAUUGCACAUUAAGACUUUGCUUGAAAAAUUAAGACCUUUGGAUUAAAAACUCCAGUACCAAAUAGAUAAAAGUUUGAGGACUGCAGCAAUAUCUGAGGUUUAAUAAGAUAUAGAGAUUGACCCAUCUUAACUCUUAGAAAAUCCUCUUAACUAUAAACCCAACAUGGACAACCUCAGAGAUCCAGUUAAUAUUAAUGAAGAAUUUGAAGAUGAUGACGAAAGUGCAUUAGGAAAAGAAAAUGAUGAAGACUCUGAUGAAGAUGAAGAGGAAGAUGAGGGAAAGAGAUAGAUUUAUAAGGCUUCCAAAUUAAAUCCAGUUUACUAUGAAGAUAAGAAUACUAAGAAGCAGAGAAGAGAUGAUAUGCUUUCUAAAAAGAAGAUGGGCAAAUCUGAAUAUAUAGAAUAACUCCGAAAAGAAAUGUAUGAUGAACCUGAGGAGGUACAUCUUGGAGGUAUGCUUAAUAAGAAAACAGCAUUUGCUAAGUAAAUGUAACUAAUGGAGGAUAUGGAGCAGGAGCAUUUUAAGAGAAUGAGUUUUUCGAAGAAGGAAUUGAAGAAUAUCAGAAAUUAAGAGAAGCAGCAUCUAUAGGAGAGACUAGAUUAGUUCGAUGACUUGGGUGAUAUUGACAAGAUCAUUGGAAGCAAAAAUAGACGUGAUAGAGAAGAAAUGGAAAUGGAUGCUUAACUUGAAAAUACUAAGUUCUAAAAAGGUCUGAAGAACUAUAUUAAGAAUAAUAACAAGCAAAAGAAAGGAGGCAAAGACUUCAAAAAUGGCAAUGAUGACUUCUCAGGUGGAUAUUAAAAGAAAAGAGAUCAGAAAAGUUUUGAUAAAAAGUAAUAGUUUGGCAAUAAAGGUGGAAAUCAUCAAAAUGGCAAAAACAAAAAACCAUUCAAUAAAAAUAGAAGAUGA